UCAAUAAUAAAGGCACUUAAUAAAUGCAUUUGGCACUCUCGCUAAUUGAAGUCUUUUUAUUCGUACAGCAACGAGGUGUUAUAAAGAUACCCUUAUGUUCUUUCCUUAAUUGCCAAAGGAAGAAAAAAGUUAUUGUUAAUUUCCCAACCAAACUUUGUCUGAUUCGCGUAAUAUGAGCUGUUUUUGUGUAAUCCCAUGGGAAUUGUUUUUUGGUUGUCUUUUUUCUCCAGCGACUUGUUAACGCGGGCUGCUAAUUGGAAUUAGCCAUUAGCGAUGUCGUCGGCGGAUUCAUUAGCAACCCUUUAAAUGUGCAGCGGCAUCAAUCAGUGUCAUGCAGUUGUCCCUCGGCCAUCGUGAUGAAUGGCCCAAUGUGGUUCCUGAGUGGGCUUUGCCUGAUUACCCUGGUUGGUGGCGCAACGGUAAUUGAAUUACUGGACAGGAUAAAGCUGGAGUCCGACUUUGAGUACGUGCUGCUCAUGAAGAACAGGAACUUCAGUCUGCCGGAUCAGGUUUGGAAUGGCAGUUCGUUGUCAAAGGAUAUUAUGGAAACAUUUGAAGUGCCUGUUCUUCGGUUGAACGAGAAUGUGAGCUACUUUUUGCACAAUAGUAUGAACAGGCGACUGGUUUCGAUUGUGUUUGUUAAUGACACGAAUUUGGAUAACCACAUUGGUCUUCUAAAAGCCCUGGUGUUGAAUCUUAGGCACAUGACCACUUCUAGGGUGAUUUUUCUAAUACAAUCGGAAGCUUCAACAGAAAUGCUUUAUAAUUUAUUCAAGUAUUGCUGGCGAAAAAAGCUGUUGAAUGUGAUCGUUCUCUUUGAAGAUUUCGAGGAAACCUCAACGUUUUACAGCUACUCGCAUUUUCCUAUAUUACAAAUAGAAGAGCGAAUCUACGAACCCAGGCUAGAAUCGCUACCAAUUUUUCCCGAUCGCAUGAGAAAUUUGCAUGGCUAUGAGAUGCCAGUGAUUAUUGGAGGAACUACACCUCGUAUGAUUGCUUACAGAAACAAGAAGGGUCAAGUGGUUUACGACGGAACCGUGGGUCAUUUUAUGAAUGUUUUUCAGCAGAAGUACAAUGUAAGAUUUGUCCAACCAUUGGUGGGAAAAAAUCCUUUGGACUUUGCACCUUCUAUGCAAACAGUGGCAGCAGUGCGAAAUGAAACCGUGGAUAUAUCUAUGUCUCUGACUUAUCCAACGAUUCCGCCAUAUGGUUUUAGUUAUCCUUACGAACAGUUGAACUGGUGCGUAAUGCUGCCAGUGGAGGCCGAUGUGCCACCUUUUGAGUAUUACACGAGGGUCUUUGAACUGGCUGCCUUUUUGUUAACUCUGGGAAUUCUGGUUAUUAUAUCAUGUUUGCUGACCAGCACCUUAAGGCUUCAUGGUUAUGCGACAAACUAUAGUGAAUAUAUACUUCAUGACAGCUGCUUGAGAGGAGUUCUUGGACAAUCCUUCGUUGAAGUUCUUAGAGCUCCAACCCUCGUAAGGGGUAUUUAUCUAGAGAUUUGUGUUUUAGGUAUCCUGAUCACUGCCUGGUACAACUCAUAUUUCUCCAGCUAUGUAACCACUGCACCAAAGCAACCCGCUUUCAGAAGUUAUGAUGAUAUUCUGGCCUCUAGAUUGAAGGUUGUGGCCUGGAAGCCGGAAUAUGCCGAGUUGGUUGGCCGGCUUUUGGAGUUUCGCAAGUACGAGAAAAUGUUCCUGGUUGAACCCGAUUUUAACCAAUAUCUGGCUCGUCGCGAUACAAUGGAUUCUCGGUACGGCUACAUGAUAAGCUCUAACAGAUGGGUGUUGAUCAACGAGCAGCAAAAGGUCUUCUCUCGACCACUUUUUCAGAAACGCGACGAUUUCUGCUUUUUCAACAACAUACCUUUUGGAUUUCCUUUGCACGAGAACUCAGUUUUCAUGGAACCCGUGCAAAAGUUAAUAAUGGAGUUGGCGGAAACAGGACUAACAUUUCACUGGAUGUCCACGGGUUUUACGGAGCUCAUUGAAGCGGGAGAAAUGCACUUCGUGGACUUGAGUCCCCAUCGAGAAUUCAGGGCCAUGCAAGUCCAGGACCUUCAGUACGUUUGGUAUGGUUUCGCCUUCAUGGUGGUAUUUUCCUCCCUAGUUUGGCUACAGGAAAUUUUGAGCUAUAGAUUCAAAAGGCAACCCAUUUUCCCACGACGUUUAUUAUUUCGAAACCAAAAGAAAAGUUAG